CCCUUCCGGCUCACUUCCGCCUACCCCGCCUGGGCCCGCCGACCGGAAGCGCUGCGCUCUAACCCGAUCCUGCUCAGCUGGGUUGAGACCCGAGUACCGCUGAGAUGCCGGCUUACCACUCUUCCCUCAUGGACCCUGACACCAAACUCAUUGGAAACAUGGCACUGUUACCUAUCAGAAGUCAGUUCAAAGGACCUGCCCCUAGAGAGACAAAAGAUACAGAUAUUGUGGAUGAAGCCAUCUAUUACUUCAAGGCCAAUGUCUUCUUUAAGAACUAUGAAAUUAAGAAUGAAGCUGAUAGGACCUUGAUAUAUGUAACUCUCUACAUUUCUGAGUGUCUUAAAAAACUCCAAAAGUGCAAUUCCAAAAGCCAAGGCGAGAAAGAAAUGUAUACACUGGGAAUCACUAAUUUUCCUAUUCCUGGAGAGCCUGGUUUUCCACUUAAUGCAAUUUAUGCCAAACCUGCAAACAAACAGGAAGAUGAAGUGAUGAGAGCCUACUUACAACAGCUAAGGCAAGAGACUGGACUGAGACUUUGUGAGAAAGUUUUCGACCCUCAGAAUGAUAAACCCAGCAAGUGGUGGACUUGCUUUGUGAAGAGACAGUUCAUGAACAAGAGUCUUUCAGGACCUGGACAGUGAAGGGAGCCGGGACAGCCACUGUCGCCAGAGCCCUGGGCAGCAUUUUCUAGCGAGAUGUACACAAUCUUUUGCUUUUAUUUCAUAAAGUUUUAUACAGAAGAGAGAAGAGCAUGUCUGUACUCGAAAAGCUUUUGAUCAAGAAUUUGGGUGGGGGAGGGGAGAGCACGUUGUCAACAGUGAUAGAAGUUUUCUGCAGUAUUAAGCUGGUGCUUAAUACGGACAAAUAAUAAAAAAAAUUUCUAGCA